UAGAGUUGUGAGUAAUUUAUGAUAAAAUGGGAUCUGAUUCAAGUAGGAGCCAAUUGAAUGCGUAUAGGUCAAAAACCCUAAAAAAAUUACGAAAAAACAACGGGGAAGUUGUCCCGGGGACGGGUAAUUAUUCCAACAACUGGAAUAAAAUUGUUUUAAAAGUGGACAUUAUAUUUUAGGAUAUUUUCGGGGCGCAGCCGAUAGCGGUGAUAAAAACUAGAAAGUAAGUGGUCAAGUCGGGGCAGUGUUGCUUCAGUGAUUGUUUUAAACAUAAAUCCGGCCUCCGUUACUAAAAUUGAAAAUUAACAUUUUAAAGGAAUUUGUUAAAAUUAAAAAUAAAUGGAAAGAGAUUGAUAGUGAAUACAGUAAAUGUUGUAAAAAUAAUUGUAUAAAUACAAACAACCCUAUUGGUAAAUGUAUUAAAGGAAAUGGAUUUGGAACCUUAAUUAAUGAUGAAAAUAUUAAGUUGCAAUAAAUACAUAGCAGUUUAUACAGAAAAAACAUUCAACAAACCACAAUGUUGUUUUAAUUAUUCCUUAUAUUAUUUUGAAAUUAAAUGCAAACUUGAAGGAAAGUUAAAUAAAGGUGAUAAAUGGAUGUCUAUUGGUCUUAAAAAUUCGAGUACAAAAAAAUAUAUUUAUUAUUCUGCAAAUUAUGCCACAAUUUUAAACGACAAAAAUGAAGCAUUUAAACUUGAAAUAUCCUUCAAAAAUAACGAUAUUUUUGGUUGUGGAUUAGUUUAUCCUCCGACUAAUAAAUUAGAUAAAAAAGAAGAAUUUCCGUAUAUUUUCUUUACAAAAAAUGGAAAACAAAUUGGUAAAUAA